GAAGGCGUGCUUUGAAAUAGGAAUAUUUAUCUGAAGGCAUGCUAGCUCACACACAAGGCAGUACAGACGGUGGUCAGAACACUACAAAGUCUAUUGAAGACCAGAACUAAGAGAGAGGCAAGAUGAGCUCUGCAGGAAAAGUGAUUAAAUGCAAAGCUGCUGUGUUGUGGGGCCUAAAGCAACCCUUUUCCAUUGAGGAAGUGGAAGUCGCUCCACCAAAAGCCUGUGAAGUUCGAAUUAAGAUUUUGGCUACAGGAAUCUGUCGUACAGAUGAGCAUGCAAUCAGUGGUGCCAUGACCACUAAAUUUCCAGUAAUUGUGGGACAUGAAGCAACUGGAAUUGUAGAGAGUAUUGGAGAAGGGGUGACUUCAGUGAAACCAGGAGACAAGGUUAUCCCACUCUUCCUGCCACAGUGUGGAAAAUGCUCCUCCUGCAUAAACCCUAAUGGCAAUUUGUGUGUGAAGGCUGAUGUUACUGGCAAGGGAGUGUUGUCUGAUGGCACCACCAGAUUUACCUGCAAAGGGAAGCCAGUCUACCACUUCAUGAACACCAGUACCUUCUCUGAGUACACAGUGGUAGAUGAAAGUUCAGUUACUAAAAUCGAUGCCAAUGCUCCUCCAGAGAAGGUCUGUCUGAUUGGCUGUGGAUUCUCUACUGGUUAUGGGGCUGCAAUGAAGACUGCCAAGGUCACCCCUGGAUCUACAUGUGCUGUCUUUGGGCUGGGAGGAGUUGGCCUCUCAGUUAUCAUGGGCUGUAAAUCAGCCGGUGCUUCACGAAUCAUUGGAAUUGACCUCAACAAAAGCAAAUUUGAGAAGGCCAAGGCUGUAGGAGCCACUGAGUGCAUCAGCCCUAAGGACUACACAAAGCCCAUCAGUGAAGUCCUGAGUGAAAUGACUGAUAAUUCUGUAGGGUACACAUUUGAGGUUGUUGGACGCCUUGAAACCAUGAUUGAUGCUCUGGCUUCCUGCCAUUUGAGCUACGGGACCAGUGUGGUAGUAGGAGCUCCCCCAUCAUCUAAAAUGCUCACCUAUGAUCCUAUGCUACUGUUCACUGGACGCACCUGGAAAGGAUGUGUUUUUGGAGGUUGGAAAAGCAAAGAUGAUGUCCCAAAACUAGUGUCUGAUUUUUUGGCAAAGAAAUUUGACUUGGACCAGUUAAUAACCCAUGUUUUGCAUUUCAAAGACAUCAAUGAAGGAUUUGAAUUGCUCUCCCAAGGAAAGAGCAUUCGAUCAGUCAUUCUGAUGUGAGCUCCUAAGAGACGGGGGAUUCACGUGGAUCCAUCUUCAACUGAUUCUUUCUCUGAGAUUUUACUUUUAUAUAAUGACAAAAACACAUGCAACCAUCUCCCGUGGAUAGAACACAAAACAGUAACUAAGUGCCUUAGAAUAAAUAAACCUUUCCAGAAUAAGAAAUUAAUAUUGUCAAUGACACAAUUCAGUUUACCUGGGGUUUUAUCAGGGUGUUAAUAUUGUUGUUGUUUUUUUUUAAUUUGUAGAAAUGGGUUUUUCUGGACUGGAACACUAGUUAAAGGUAUAUUAUGUUCAUUACUUUUGAUCAAAAUGUGAAUUUUAAGUGAAAUACCAAUAUCCUUGGGUAAAAAGUAAUAAGAGCUUAAAGACUACUCUUUCAAGGAUUCCUAUCAUCUUUACACAGGAAGCUAGACUAGGCAUUAUAGGGUAUUGGAUAAUACUACAAUGAAACUCUUGUAAAGACUUCUGGAAUCAUAUUUAUACCACAGAAGACCUAUGCUUUUCUUCCUUUAUGUAUCAAAUGAGAUGGAUAUUUUCUAAACAUUCUUUUAAAAAAUAAAUUUGUUGUUUUAAGUAA